AUGGCCUCUCAUCGUGCGGAUGCCAGUAAUUUCCUGGAUAACCGAGGCUACUCCGGCCCUCUGGUGCGCGGUGUUAACCCGGUCACCCUAUUCGAGAAAGCAGUUCGUGAUCGCAUUACAGACUCCUACUACUGGAAGGAGCAAUGUUUCGGAUUGAACGCAGCAACUCUGUGCGAUCGCGCCGUUGAAUUGAGUUUCGUCGGUGGUACAUACGGUGUCUCCGAGAAGCCCUCGCCUUUCCUCUGCCUUGCCUUCAAGCUCCUCCAGCUCAACCCCAGCCGAGACAUCAUCCGCGAAUACCUGAAUUUCUCCGACCCCGGCAGUGACGACGAGGGCGAGAAUCCAGAUAAUGGUGUUGUCCAGACACGUGGAGACUUCAAGUACCUUCGAGUGCUCGCUGCCUUCUAUGUGCGCCUCACUUUCGACGCGGUCGACGUGUACAAAACCCUGGAGCCAUUGCUACUCGACUACCGAAAGAUCAAGCGCCGUGUUCGCGACGCAUAUACCUUGACUUACGUGGAUCAAUUCGUCGACGACCUCCUCACGAAGGACCGUGUGUGUGGUACGAGUUUGUGGAAGCUGCCCCCGCGGCAACAAUUGGAGGAUCUGGAGAUGCUUGACGAGCGGAUAAGUCCACUUGCGGACGAGCUGGAGGAGCUCGACCGGGAUAGCAAUGAUGGGGAGGAGGAUGCGGAUCGGGGUCGCAGUGAUGAUGAAACUUCCAGCAGACGAGAGGAAGGCGAAGUUUGA